AUGAUGGAGUGUGCUCUUCGGUGCAACACUCUGACAUGUCGCAAGGAGCUCAAUGAAGAUGCCAUUGUUACAACUUGCAGCCAUAUCUUCUGCCUCGAUUGCGCCACUCGACUUCUAUCGGCCAAUGGAUCGAAUCGCCUGGUUUGCCCAGCAUGCGAUCAACACCUCGCCAAUGAAGAUGAUGUGGCAAGAGCAAAGCUCCAUCCAAGUGAAGACUAUAAGACGAGCGUUCUCAGUGGCUUAAACCCAAAUACUAUCAUGGAGUGUGCUGGACGAGCCAUGAAUUUCUGGGCCUACCAGACAUCGCAAGAAAUCUUGUAUCAAGGGAUGCAGGCGCGAGUUCUUACAGAUAGAUACAAUAAAUUGAAAAGUCAAAUCGAUUCGAUCGUCCGCGACGCCAAUAACGAGAUGUCAGAAUUGAGGACCGAGCUUGACAAUGCGAUUUCUGAUCUCAACAAUGCUCAAAAGAAGAACCAUGAACUGGCCAAAUCUUUGCAUGCAAAAUCGAAGCAGCAGGCUCAUACGCAGGAGCUUUACGAUAAAUUGAAGCGCCGAGAUCAGAUGAACCAGGUCCAGAAUGCAGCAUCUGACGCAGUGGAUCAAACGAUUCAAGGUUCAGCAACUGCAAAUGGGUAUUCCGAUCACUUCAGAAAAGCCAAUGACCCGCCUCUUCGAUCUCCUGUUUUCCCAUCGCUUCAAGGAAACUCAAUGGGCCCGCCACCUGUUCCAACAUCCAUGCCGCUGUCUGGCGUAGCUGGUCGAACUGGGCUGAGCAAUGGGUGGAUUGGCUUUACUAGCCAGGGGAAUAAUAACCAGGGUCAUGUCGUUGCACAGACACCUUCGAGCCAGCGGCAAAGACUUAUCGGCGAGCCCAACGUUGGGAUAGCUGUAUCCAACAUGAACUCUCGUAGCCUCAGCACCCCUAUGCAGCCUCGACAUUCCCCAGCACGAGGUCUGUUUGGAGGCGUGAGGUCCAAUGGAUCAGGUGGAAUCGGCUUCGCUGGGUACGGGAUGAGCGCCGGAUUGAAGGUCAGCCACACACCACCACUGGGAGUCGAGGGGAUGCGAAGUAUGAGUAGGACUGGACCCAUGCCAAGAGUUGCCCAAAGGCCAGCCUCAGCUACCUUCAUGGGUGGCCGCUCAUCAGUGUACGGAGAGGCUCCUGGACUCAGCAACCAAGGAGGGUUCUACUAA